AUGGAGAAAAACAAACACUCGGCUGAAAAAGUCAAGCCCUCUCCUCAUAUCUACCCCGAGAUUGAGGAGCCGCCGGCUUGGCCGGAACCCCAAUCUGUUCCCCCACCCCCUUAUCCGGCACAGGGUGCUGCGAGGGGACCCUCUGCCCCUCCUGGAGCUCCGGUGGAGGGACCUGCUGCAGGGACUCGGAGCCGGAGGGGCGCCACCCCGGAGCGGACAGAAGAGAUCGCGACAUUACUGCUGCGCACGUACGGCCCUCCCAUACCGGGGGGCCAAUUGCAUUCCCUCCAGUAUUGGCCCUUUUCUUCUGCAGAUCUCUAUAAUUGGAAAACUAACCAUCCCCCUUUCUCGGAGGAUCCCCAACGCCUCACGGGGUUGGUGGAGUCCCUUAUGUUCUCUCACCAGCCUACUUGGGAUGAUUGUCAACAGCUGCUGCAGACACUCUUCACAACCGAGGAGCGAGAGAGAAUUCUGUUAGAGGCUAGAAAAAAUGUUCCUGGGGCCGACGGGCGACCCACGCAGUUGCAAAAUGAGAUUGACAUGGGAUUUCCCUUGACUCGCCCCGGUUGGGACUACAACACGGCUGAAGCCUUUGUUCUCUAGGCUCAAGGCGCUCGAGUGGGUGAGGCAGCGAGCGUGGAAGCAGCUCCG